AUGUUCUCCAACCUCGCCUACCUCCUCAGCUCUAAAUCCAUCACCCUCUACGUCCUCUACACCCUCCACGUCAUGCUCGGCACCUCUCUCGUCUUCACCGCUCUCUACACCUAUGGCGUACAGACAAGCAAAGCCAUGGCGAAAGCCGCUGCACUCGAAGCUUCCGUUGAUAGCGGAAACGGAAUUAGAUUUCCUGUAGGCAACGCGUUGAAUGGAAGUGCUGUUGAAUUUGAAGAGGACAUGGAGGUUGAGAUGGACGGGAUGGAUAUUGCGAUGGGUAGCUUGAACAGAAUGAAGGAAAUGAGAAAAGUUAAGAGUAUGAUUGGAUUGAACAGUGCGAAAGUGGAACGGGAGAAUGCGAGCACGGGGUUCGAGUGUACGGAUGGGAAUGGGGAGGGAGGAAUCAAGUUUAGAGAGAUUUGUUAUUCUUCUGGGGGGAAGAAGGGGGUUAAGAUGGAUGGGCUUGGUGUGGCGGGGAAGGGAAUGGCUCUUGAGAUUUCUUAG